UGCUGGAAUGCAAGAUACGGAUGUGAUUUCACGGGUCCACUGCGUGGUCUGCUGGAUCACUUCGAACAGGACUGCACCUAUCACGCGGUCAUUUGCCCCCGAUGUCAGAGCAUGCAAGUGCGCUCGAAACUGGCCGACCAUUAUCGCCGUGGAUGCGUGGCACCUCCCGCCAUCAACUCCUUGGGAAGCCACCAACUUCCCAGCGCCACUGUCUCCAGCAACGGACAAGACGCUGCGUCGCUUUCUCUAACGCAAGACACGAUCGCAGCGUUCGAAUCCAAGAUGAACGAGCUACUGGAGCACAUGCGAGCGCUGGGCACGCGCACUGCGGUCCUUCAAGCAGAUAUGAGCCAUGCCAAGGAGACUCUAGAAAGACUAUUUCCCGAAAGGUUCCACUGGAGAAGACCUGUUGGGCGUCAGCGCUGGGGUCCACAACCGAGGAGCUCACUCGGGCAGAAUAAUCGCGUCCGGACUCGCAGGCUCUUCUGCUGUAAGACCAUACUCGCGUUUUUUCAGGCGUCGCCGAGAGACGUGCACUUUGAGAGUCGCCUUCAGGAAGAGCUACGCUGAGCACUCCACCGAAGCUGCCCUGUCCUCCCCACUGGACCCAGAGGUGUGGACGACCCGAUGUGAGACUCCAGACCACACGUGCAACUUGAAGCUGGUACUGUUGGAAGACGGUACUGCUCUGAGCGUCUACGCAGCGGCCGAUCAAUGCGUCGACGUGUUCAAUCCGUGGGCCUUGCGGUCGGUCACGCUCACGAGGCCACGCUGGUUGUUCCCGCGAGGACGUGCUAAGGUGCUGACACCCACUUGGCUGGUGUCGAGACAGAGUCGAGCUUCUCUGGUCGAUGAAGGAUUCGAAAGGUUCCGGUCACGUCCGCUCGAACAGAUGUUCGGGCGUGGCUACUUCUUUGAACGCAACGAAGAGGUCGUGGUGUUAACGGUCAAGUUGGUACGAAAGUUGGACGCGCUUUGAAAAGAUUUCCCGUGGAAAGUUGCAAGAUACUUAAAAAUGCACGCUGCUGCAGGUCUAAAAAUACAGGAACAAGAGAAGGUGGAGGCUUACUGUGAGAAAUUUGUAAAGAG